GCGCGUUCGUCCCUGCUCCUUCGUCGAUCCCCAUCGCUCUCCCGUCCACUCCCGGCCGCGCAUCUGUCCCUCUCGCCUGCCGCCAUGCCUGUGCUGCUGACGGCGUUCGCUGUCAGUGUGGGAGGGAAGCUCAUAGCCCUCGCCACGAGCAAGGCCGCCAUCGGCUUCGCGGCCUUCUAUUUGGGCUGGCAGGGGAGCGGCAUCGCCGACAAGGCCGUCGAGAAGGCGCUGGACACCUGGAAGCACCUCAAUGGCGAGAGAUCCGCCUCCCCCCCGGCCGACUCUCCCGCUCCCUCACCGCCUGGCCCACCACCUUCACCAUCGGCCGCCGCCCCACCGACCCGGGACCCCCUCAGACGGCCGCCCAAGACGUUUGCCUCCGCGGAAUGCCUCAUUCCCCUUGACGGCAAAGAUGGCGGCACUGAGGACGCCGCGUGCCACCACAACGAGGCCGGCGUCAUCGCCAUCGCUGACGGAGUGUCGGACAUCAAGCCGUGUUACGGCUUCUCGGCCCGUCUGCUCUCCAGAUGGCUGAUGAGCCGCAUUCGGGAGGUCGCCCCGCUGUACGCCAUCAGUCGCUGGACUGAGAACCGCGCCGUCGACAUCCUGCUGCAUGUGUGGGGCGAGAGGGCCCUGGGGGAGGGCCAGCGAGGCGCCUGCACCGUGGUUGUGGUGGCCAUGGUGCGGGAUUCGUGGAUCGACAUCGACAACCUCCACGUGGCGGCCUGGGGCGACUCGGUGGCGCUGCUGCUGCGUCGGGACCGGUUCGGCAAGCUCUUCAUCCUCUACAGGAGCGGGAUCAUGGUGGAGCCGAGCCUCCCGGACGUGCCGGUGCAGCUCAGCGCCCUCCCCCGGACAGUCGGCUGGACAACCACGACGAGAGUGAACCCCUCGCCGGCCGUUCUCCGCCGCAGCCUGCAGCAGCUCAAGUGGAGCGUCCAGGAGGGCGACCUGCUCCUGGCGAUGACGGACGGCGUGAACGACAACCUGUUCCACGAGCAGAUCGAGAGCGUUGCCAACCAGUACGAGCCGUACGCCGAGCCAGCCGUCAUCGCACAGGCCAUCUGCGAGGCCGCCCACAGCCACAGCGUCACACCCACCAGCGUCACCCCCUUUGGCACGCUCCGACAUCGACAUGGGGGGAAACCUGACGACAUUUCAGUGGGGGCGGCCUGGGUGCGGCGAGCGGCAGGUGGCGAUGACGCAGCAUAUGCGGCAGCACAACAAGAGUUGGUGCCCCGAUGGCUGUGGCCCCAGCCGCCGAGGGACAGAAGGAGGGAGAGGGGGGAGCGGGCGAGGGAUAGAUAGGCAGGCCACUGAGUGAGGCCGGCGAUUUCUCAGGCAUUCGUUUUGUCGGUCAAUCAAGAGGGAGGAGGGUCGGGGGGAGGGUGCGAUGGGGUCGGUUGGUUGGUGCGCAUGAGAAGAGGCCGGGAAUGUGGCAGAUAGAAACAGCCAGGCCGGAGGUCACGUGCGGGGAGCUCGCGGUGAGGGAACGAGUUGCGCGAGUGUGCGGCCAGUCAGAGGGUAAGUGCCUGUGCUGUGGGAUUAAGUCUGUCGGUCUGUUUGUCUGUCCUUGUCUGUGUUAGCAUUCAUUCGGCAUUUUGUCGGUCUGUUUCCUCUUUCGGUCGCCGUUUUGCUUUCGAUUCGUUUUGCUUUCGAUUCGUCAAUCAAGUGGAAGUGAAUGGGGCAGGGGUAGGGCAGUUUGUUCGUCGGACAGAUGCGGGUGUGCAUCGUUUGUGUGGACUCAAUCGCUGGGGCUGCGGG